CAUGACUACUGGCACUUCACCGAUGGCUACUGGUACUUCACCGCAAAUAUGCAUUAAGUACGUCAAUGAAUCCUGCUUGGUGCCGGGUUGCUUUUCAUCAACAAUUCGAACACCUGACAAAAGAUUCCUAACUGUACCGAGAAGACAAGACAUGAGAUCAGUAUGGUGCAAAGCUAUGGGUCGCGUGAAAAUGGGCUCUGCUUUGACCAAACUCUACAUCUGCGAAGAUCAUUUUGAUAUCCAAAACGAUUGUGUCAAUAUAAUUCAGCAUAAUUUAACUGGUUGCCGAUUGAAGCUAAAAGAUGGCGUUGUGCCUCACAAAUUUGAGUGCCAGGAGCUGGCCAAUUGCCUUGAAGAACGUCGUGUACGUGAAAUAAAAGAGGCAAAACAAGUGAUAAUCAACACUCCCAGUCCUAACAGAAUCAGACGAAUGAAAUCUCCGGCGAUUGACAUGGAAGAGAAUGGUAUUAUACAGCCUAAUGAGGAAAACAAACUUCCUUUCAAAAGAUUCGCCCCAUACUUCUUUUUGAAAGACUGUAAUGUCCUUGCCACCACGCUGAGGGUGAUAUGUACUUUGUGCCCACCAGUAAGAAUGUUGACGACAUGCAGAGGGUCUUCAUCCAAUUUGUUGAGGCACCUCCGGAAAUUUCACCCGGAAAUAAUACCUAAGCUGCCACCAGCAUGGAGUUGGCGGAAAAAUCAAACUUCGACACCCUACACUCCCAUUCAAGAGAGGAUGAUUACAACCGGGCAAGGGAACAACUCCAUCGGGCUGGGGAACGACUCCCCCGAAACCAGCAUGGCUGUCAGCUCCAUCCUUUCGGAAUCCAGCAUCAUUCAGCCUACGGAGCUGAUGAGGGUGGAUGAUUUCUCCACAAGUUUCCGAUUGGAGCAACUGGUAGCCAAUUUCAUCAUCAACGGGCUGCAUCCAGUACAGCUCGUAGAGCGCUGCGAGUUUCAGAACUUGAUCACAGGCCUGAAGCCGGGAGCGGUCAUCAUGGACAAGGUUCGUCUGGGAACCAUCAUCUCCGACAAUGCAAACAGCGUGAGGCAACAGCUGAGGAGCAUAUUGUCAGACAUUUCUCACGUGUGCCUCUCGACAGAUGGUUGGAGAGUUUUUGACAAGUACUUCCUUGGGGUAUCGGUGCAUUGGAUCGAUCCAUCUACCUUUGAAAGACGAUCAGCCGUCUUGUGCUGUCGAAGGUUAUGUGGACCCCAUUCCUUGCCUGAUAUCUUGCUGCUGCUCUCUGAGCUCGAACGUGAAUUUUGUAUUGAAGGCAAAGUCGUCCAGGUAACGACUGACAACGGCUUGAACUUCACCAAGCCUUGCCGCAUUUUUGGAAGUGAUGCGAAAGACGAAGAAGAGAUUGAAAUUCCCGAGAGGGACUACGAAUACGUGGAGCUCUACCCCAUCAUCAAUGGCGGACGGCAUACAGUGUCGACUCAGAACAUGCCACCGUUUGAAAGGUGUAUGGUACACACCAUGGACCUGGUGGCCUCUGAGGACACUCGACAGGCCGAAGAAGACCCACUCUAUAGAGACGCUAUGAGGGAAGCUCUCUUCCGGUGCCAGAAUCUGUGGCGAGCGCAGGGUUGCAGUUUAGAAAAUGCUGAGUUUGUGAAAGCAAAUUUAGGUGCGCCCCUGGAAGAACCGAAAGAGAAUACCUGGCGGUCGCAGUACCGCGCGCUCAAACAUCUGAGGGCUUUGUUUGCCGAAAAAAUGGGCGCACUGGACAAAAUCUGUGAUACGUUUAAUAUUCCUAAAUUCCGAGAGGUGGAUAAAGUUUUCGUCGACGAGUACUGCAAGGUUUUGAGGCCAGUAGCUGCUGCAAUGGAUACACUACUCGCCGAAAGCAAUGCUUUCACGGGCGUCUUCCUACCAGUGAUUCAUGCGCUCAGCAGAAGACUCACCCAUUUUAGGGACCAAGCAAGUAACCAGGAUUUGCUGGUUGUAUGUUACCCGCUGUUGGAAGCUGUUAUAGAUAGUCUAUCUAAAAGGUUUGAAUCCCUGAUGUUCCGCAAAGACCUAGUCCUAGCUGCAGUGCUGCACCCGGAAUUCCAGCUGAAUUGGCUGAAGGAUGCCGAAAAGGAAUCCCUCGCCACGGAAUGCCUGAAAGAAGCCGUUCGAGAGUGCUACGAAGAAGGGAAUCCUUCCGAAAAUUCGGACGACGAGGAUGAGGACGACCUCUUCGACUUCAAGAGACCAGCACAGAAGGGGGCCAAGGAGGGCAAGUGGCAUGCGGAAGUGGAGCAGUACCUCUCAUUUUCGACUGGCCAAAUGAAGACCCUGAAUUCGUAUCCUCUCAUCAAGUCCCUGUUCUUGCAGUAUAACACGCCCCUUCCCGCCACUGCAAAUACAGAGAAAGCGUUCACCUCCUCGGGGGACAUUUUCACUUUGAGAAGCGGAGUUCUGAAUGACCCGUACUUUGAAGAUAUGGUCAUAGUUAAAAUGGGGAUAUCGUAAACAAGAGAUUGUGUUCACCUCAUCUGUAUAAUUGGAACUCAUUCUUGUACACAUCUUCAUAUGCAACAAUGAAAG